AAAUCUCAUUCCAUAUAAGAAUACCUUUUCUGCCAUUGAUUGAUUGGUUGAGCUCCAUUUGCAUCCUCCUUCCUUUCAGUUGUUGAUCUUGUGAACUUUAGUUACAAAAGAUGACAUAUCAAAAUAUGGAAAAGACUUUAUUUGUUUCCUCAUUUACUCCUUGUAGUCACGCCCCAUUUCUAUCAAGUAUAAGACGAGUAGACUUGUCAACCUGUCGGAGACCCAAACAAAAGUGCUUUCACCUUGUGCGUAUGGGAGCUGAUAACUUGAAAUUUUGGAAAGAUUUUUGGUGUGGUGGCUUUCCUGGAGGAGAAGCAUAUUUGAAUGAAGUUAUAGAAAGCGACUUUGCCAAACCAGUUCCGGGACUCGAGAGUUCUGGAGUGUCUGCUCAAAGGGAACCGAAUAAAACAGUUCCAAACAAACAGCAGUCUUCUAAACCGAAAACUCCCGCUCCAAGUUCUUCUUCCAACAACGGUACAGCCAACAUUUCAGGAGGUGGCCAGGUUCGUUUAGUAACUGACCCAGUAACUGGAAGAAGUCGUUUAGAAAUAGUACAAGAGGAGUAAAGCUAAGUAGUGAUUGGUUUUUGUAUCGACCUAAAGAAACACUGUUGGUCUUGUUCGGGAUCAGAAUAAAGACAUUCUCUUAUCAGAGACAUUCUCAAAUGCGA